UUCGGAGUCGCCGAGGGCGUGCUCGAUAUUUGAGUAUCGUUGUAAGCGCCAUUUCUGCUGCAAGCACCCGUGUUUACGCAGUUAAUAGCGCACACUGCCGAGGGUAACCAUCGUAGUAGAAACAGUGCGCGUCGCUCGGAACUGCUGACGGCGUUCUUCAUGAGCUGCUGUGCCUACGGCUGCCGCAGUCGCUUCGCCGACGGAAAGAAGCUUUUCUCUCUGCCGUCGGGAAAGCGUGACAGGGAACGAAGGCUGACAUGGCUGCUGCGCAUCGGGCGCGCGAAUUUCACCGGCACCACGUCCACGCGUCUUUGCGAGGAUCAUUUUACGCAAGACCAAUUCGAGCCUUUGAUCCUGCAAAAUCUUGGCAUAAAGAAACUGAAGCUAGACGCUGUACCCAGCAUCUUCACGCCAUUCGUGAAAAUCAAGCAAGAAGUGACCGACACUUCCACUGAUGAUGUGAAAGACCCGUCUUUGACUUCCGCGCAUGGCAUCCAGGAUUCUCUGGCGGCUACGUCGGAAACCACUCUGCAGAUUAGCAACAUUCGUACUGAAGACACUUUUACUGAAGACGUCAAGGCCCCUUCUUUAAUUUCGACGCAAGGCAUCCAGGAUUCGCUGGCGGCUUCGUCGGAAACCACUCUGCAGAUUAGCAACAUUCGUACUGAAGACACUUUUACUGAUGACGUAAAGGGCCCUUUGAUUUCGACGCAAGGCAUCCAUGAUUCGCUGGCGGCUUCGUCGGAAACCACUUUGCAAAUAAGCAACAUUCGUACUGAAGACACUUUUACUGAAGCCGUCAAGGACCCUUCUUUGAUUUCAACGCAAGGCAUCCAGGAUUCGCUGGCGGCUUCGUCGGAAACCACUCUGCAGAUUAGCAACAUUCGUACUGAAGACACUUUUACUGAUGACUUCAAGGACGCUUCUUUGAUUUCGACGCAAGGCAUCCAGAAUUCGCUGGCGGCUUCGUCGGAAACCACUCUGCAGAUUAGCAACAUUCGUACUGAAGACACUUCUACUAAAGACUUCAAAGACCCUUCUUUGCAUUCCACGCACGGCAUCCAGGAUUCGCUGGCGGCUACGUCGGAAACCACUAUGCAGAUUAGCAACAUCCGUACUGAAGAUGCAGCUUCUUGGCCCGAAAGCCAUGGUACGUCGUCAGGGACGUCGGAAGAGAAGCCUUAUUUUGCUUCGUACUCAAUCGUGACUCCCACUUUUUUCAGCCGAUCCUUAGCCGGCCACGGCGCCCCGGUCUGCUACGGGCCGCCACCAGAGAACCAGAUUCUUCCUUCACUAAGCAACGCCGAGCUCCACAAACGGAUGCUCGAACUCGAAUAUCAAGCGGAAAGCGCACGGCGUAGAUUGCAGCUGGCGAAUCGCCAGAAGAACAAAGUGAUCAGAGAGUAUGAGAAACUGAAAUCCGAAGUGGCUCACUUUGGCUCCGGAUCACUGAACUGCAUGGCGAAGAGCUCGAGGGAUCGCAGUGGUCGGAGGACCCAUUCGCAAAGCACUAAAAACCGGAGCGAACAGGAAUUCUUCAGAGCCGCGUUCAACCGGACGCGGCUGUACCUGACCGUACCGCCCGAGGACUGCACCAGGACGAACAUCAACGAACUCGCGACCAGGUUGAGGUCCCUCCGUCUCGACGGAUUCGAAUUCUACAUGAAGGGGAACGAGAGCGCCGAUGACGUCAGGCUCUGCUCCAACCUCAUCGACCGAUUCGUUUCUUUGAAAGGUGGGCUACUCUUCGUAGCAUAG